AUGCCGCCCGCAGGCUUGGUCACCCUCCGGGAGCUGGCCGACCUGGCCAUCGGCACUCCGGAGGUGGGUGCCGUCAACUUCAAUGCUCUCCACACGCUCCUCGUGGCCCUGCUCAAGAACCUCAACAUGCAGGACACCCGGGUGGACUACCAGCCCCUGUCUGAGCGGAGGCUCUCAGCGUUCGCGCGGGUCUCGCUCGGCACCCCGCGGGGCUCGAUCAGCACCCCGCAGGUCGCUGUGUCCAAGGAGAGGCGGAGGAGCAGCGUGACCAGGGUUCCGUCCGUGGUGCUGGAGAGCCAGGUGAAGGGCCUGGGCGGGCAGGUCCAGAACCUGGACGGGCAGGUCCAGGACCUCGACCGGCAGUUAAGGACCAUGGACAGCCAGAUGCAGGGCGUGUUGUCCCACAUCCAGUACUUCACCUCUCUGGUCGGUGGGAUGGACUCGGAGACCUCAGAGUGGCUAGAAGAGCAGGCAAAAGCCUUUGGCUUGGCCGAGGGGUUGGGUGCUGAGAGGACCCCGCUCAUCAUCGAGCCGGGCGCGUCCAUCACCGAGCCGGGCGCGCCCAUGACCGAGAGGGGCGAGCUCAUGGCCGAGAGGGGCGCGUCCAUUGCCGAGAGGGGCGCGCCCAUGGCCGAGAGGGGCGCGUCCAUGGCCGAGAGGGGCGCGCCCAUGACCGAGCAAGGUGCGCCCAUGACCGAGAGAGGCGCGCCCAUGACCGAGAGGGGCGCGUCCAUCGCCGAGAGGGGCGCGCCCAUGGCCGAGAGGGGCGCGUCCAUGGCCGAGAGGGGCGCGUCCAUCGCCGAGAGGGGCGCGUCCAUGGCCGAGAGGGGCGCGCCCGUGGCCGAGAGGGGCGCGUCCGUGGCCGAGAGGGGCGCGCCCGUGGCCGAGAGGGGCGCGUCCAUCGCCGAGAGGGGCGCGUCCGUGGCCGAGAGGGGCGCGCCCGUGGCCGAGAGGGGCGCGUCCAUCGCCGAGAGGGGCGCGUCCGUCGCCGAGAGGGGCGCGCCCAUGGCCGAGAGGGGCGCGUCCAUGGCCGAGAGGGGCGCGCCCAUGGCCGAGAGGGGCGCGUCCAUGGCCGAGAGGGGCGCGCCCAUGACCGAGAAGGGCGCGCCCACCAUGGAGAAGGGCGCGCUUCCGAAGACCAAGCUUGUGCCGGGGAUGGGCAAGGCGGUGCCAGGGAUGGGCAAGGCGAAGCCCGAGACAACAAAGCCUGCGCCGGGGGUGGCCCCGCCCACGACCGUGCCUGGGAUGGCCAAGCAGAUGCCCGAGAAGACGCGAGGGUUAAUGAAAAUGUGGAAGGAAGGUCCCCAGGUCAUGGAGAUGCUCCAGCAGGUCAUGGAAGACGUGAAAAUCUUGAAGGAAGAACAUGCAAGGGCGCAGGAGGUGCCAGAGUUCAACCCGCUGGAAUUCCUGCACCGGGUUGAGCAAGUAGAGAAGACAGUCAAAGACUGGGAGGAAGUUCUGGAACCCCUCUGUCGGAAGAUGACUACGAAGCCUCCUGGAGGAGAACUCACCAUGGUCACCUGGGAGGAGCUGGAGCAGGCAAUUACUGAUGGCUGGAAGGCCUCACAGGGCCUAGAGUCCAUGCCAGCCUUUGUUAAGCAGAAAGUGAAGCCACCUGCAUUACCGCGGGACGUGAGUCCAAGCGCAGCCUCCACCGGGUAUCCAGGUGCCGACCAGGCCCUGGAUGCCGCUGGUGGUCUUGGCCCAGAUCAGACCUUGCCGGGACCCAGCGGAUCAAGACACCCCUCCGAAGGGGAGCAAAAACUUCCCUCUGCUCCUGGGUUUCCUGCGCCCCAACUCGGAACUGAAGCUGAUCAGCACAGGCCUGGAGAGCGGCCCAGCACAGCAGGUCUGAGAAGAGAUGAACGGGACGCACACCCUGGCCCAGUUCGACAGGACUUGCACCCUGAUGCUCCCGGGGGGAUGACCCCCAGCCCGGGUCAAGUCGUGGACGCCAGGCCAGACCAACUGGGGCCAGGGCCACCUGGCCUGGAUCAGCUUGAGUUUCAACCUCCUAGCGCUUACCCAGGUGGCCUCCCCUUCCGGCGGGGUCCGAUGCCACCUGGGAUGGAGGAACAGGGACCGGUUCUACCUGGCCUGGGUCAGCAGGAUGUGGUGCCGCCGUGGGCACCUGCCAGAGACCAGCAAGGAUUGGGACUCCCUAGUCCCGCACAGCCUGGCAUGGUUCCACCUGGCGCACAACAGUUCGGUGUGAGAUUUCCUGGCCCGGACCAACGUGCCAUGGAGCGGCCUGCAAUGGACGGGAGUGGUGUGGGACCCAUUGGCACAGAUGAGCAUGGAUUUCCAAUAUUUGGCAUGGAUCAACAAGGAUUGGUUCCACCUUUUAGAGAUCAGCAAGGUUUUGUACAGCCCGGUUUGGAAACGCCUGGCUUCAUACAACCUGGCACACCGCAGUACAAUGUGCUCCAACCUGGCGCAGCUCAGCCUGGCUUGGUCCCACCUGGUGCAGCUCAGCCUGGCUUGGUCCCACCUGGUGCAGGUCAGCCUGGUUUGGUCUCACCUGGUGCAGGCCAGCCUGGUUUGGUCCCACCUGGAGUUGAUCAACGUGGUUUGGUACAGGCUGGUAAAUAUCCACCUGGUUUUGUACAGCCAGGUGCAUAUCCAUAUGGUUUGGCUCAACCUGGCGUCUAUCCACAUGGUUUGGUCCAGCCUGGUACAUAUCCACAUGGUUUCAUGCAGCCUGGUGUGGCAGGUCAUCCUGGUUUAGUUCCACCUGGUGUAGGUCAACCUGGUUUAGUCCCACCUGGUGUAGGACAACCUGGUUUAAUCCCACCUGGUGCAGGUCAACCUGGUUUAGUUCCACCUGGUGCAGGUCAACCUGGUUUAGUCCCACCUGGUGCAGGUCAACCUGGUUUAAUCCCACCUGGUGUAGGUCAACCUGGUUUAGUUCCACCUGGUGCAGGUCAACCUGGUUUAGUCCCACCUGGUGCAGGUCAACCUGGUUUAGUCCAACCUGGUGCAGGUCAACCUGGUUUAGUCCCACCUGGUGUAGGACAACCUGGUUUAAUCCCACCUGGUGUAGGUCAACCUAGUUUGGUCCCACCUGGUGCAGGUCAACCUGGUUUAGUCCAACCUGGUUUGGUCCAACCUGGAAUGGAUCAGCGUGGUUCAGUCCAACCUGGUGCAGGUCAGCCUGGUUUGGUCCAACCUGGAAUGGAUCAGCGUGGUUCAGUCCAACCUGGUGCAGGUCAGCCUGGUUUGGUCCAACCUGGAAUGGAUCAGCGUGGUUCAGUCCAACCUGGUGCAGGUCAGCCUGGUUUGGUCCAACCUGGAAUGGAUCAGCGUGGUUCAGUCCAACCUGGUGCAGAUCAGCCUGGUUUGGUCCAACCUGGAGUUGAUCAGCGUGAUUUGGUACAGCCAGGUGCAUAUCCACCUGGUUUUGUACAGCCUGAUAUCGAUCAGCAGGGUUUAGUGGAACCUGGACUAGAUCAGCAUGGUUUGAGGCAGCCUGGUGCUGAUCACCAAGGCUUGGUACCAUCAGGCGCAGAGCCUCAUGGCUCUCCACGCCCAUAUCAGCAUGGCCUGGCACCUCCUGGCAGAGAUCAACAGGGUCAGGUGUCACCACGCCUAUCCAGGCAAGGUUGGAUGUCGCCUCGUAUGGACCAAGAGGGUUUGGUACCAACAGACACUUAUCAGCGAGGCAUAGACCAGGGUGGUGCACGCCCAGAGCAGCAGCAAUGGGUACCGCCUGACCUAGAUCAGCGUGACCGUGCAUCCUCUGUCCUAGACCCACAUGGCCACACGUAUCCUGGCCCUUACAGCCCAAGGUACUCGGGUGUCGAUCCACAUGACCAAGAACAUUUGGAUCCACAACAACGUAGCGGGUAUACUCAGCCUCCCCCAACUCCCAACGUCCCCUGGGCUCAGAGCGUGGACUCCCUUAGCGAAUCCAGGCGAGCCUCACAGGAACCGAGCACUAUUGAGCCUAAGAAACACGAUUCCCUGGAGAAAGUGGCUCCUAGCUUCCCCAUUGCGGUGGAGACGUUCCGCCUGAUGGGAGAGCUCAUCGGCCUCUACUCGGAGCUCAAGGAGAACCUGAAGACCCUGGAUGUGCAGAAAGCUGGUGAAACCGACCUGGAGAAGAUCCAGUACCUGCUUGCGAUGAUGGUCCAAAAGACCAUCCCACCAGACCUGCAGGAGCAGCUGAAGUCCAUCAAGACCCUGACCAAAGAGGUUCGGCAGGAAAAAGCAAAAUUGGACAAGAUACAGAGGUUCCUGGAGGGCGGAGGGCUGCCAGAAGUGGGGAAGGAGGUGGCAGCCGGUCCGCUGAGCUUCCAGCUGGGUCUCCUCAGUGAAGAGGGCCGCGCUCUCGGCACAGGGACCAAGGCCUUCUCAGAACUGCUGUCCCCCUCCAUCCUCCUGUGUUUGGACAAGCUCAGGACGAUCAUCGAGAACAUGCUGGCCUCGUCGUCCACGCUGCUGACCAUGAGCAACCCGAGGAAGGCCCCAAUCACCUUGAUCCCUGGCCAGAUUGACCCCAAGGCCACCUGCCCGGCCUGCAGCCUGGACCUGAGCCACCAGGUCAGCACGCUGGUGCAGCGCUACGAGCAGCUCCAGCACGUGGUCACCAGCCUGGCGGCCUCGCGGCCGUCCAAGAAAGCCAAGCUCCAGCGACAGGACGAGGAGCUGCUGGGCCACGUGCAGAGCGCCAUCCUGCAGGUGCAGGGCGACUGUGAGAAGCUCAACCUCAUCACCGGCAACCUCAUCGAGGACCAUCGGCAGAAGCAGAAGGACAUCGACGUGUUGUACCAGGGUCUGGAGAAGCUGGAGAAGGAAAAGGUCAACAGGGGGCACCUGGAGUUGGAGAUUGAAGUGAAGGCCGACAAGAGCGCCCUGGAGGCCAAAGUGAGCCGCAUGCAGUUUGAUGCCACCACGGAGCAGCUGAACCACAUGAUGCAGGAGCUGGUGGCCAAGAUGAGCGGGCAGGAGCGGGACUGGCAGAAGAUGCUGGACGGCUCUGACCGAGAUGACAGCCAGCUUGACCGCCUUGAACCUGACCCCGUGAAGCAGCUGCUGGAGGAUUCGUGGAAGUCCUUUCGGCAGCAGCUCAAGAGGCCUCCCCCGCUUUUCCCGGCGGGCGAGGCGGCCGGCAUGCGCAGGCAGCUCCUGGCCCAUUUCCACUGCCUGUCCUGUGACCGUCCCCUGGAGACAGCCGUGACUGGACAGGUCCUCCCCACCACGCCCGUGGGGCCCAGCCUGCCCGGGCACCGCUCCACCCGCCCCUACACCGUCUUUGAGCUGGAGCAGGUCCGGCAGCAGAGCCGCAACCUCAAGCUGGGCAACCUCGCCUUCUCACGGGCUGACGUGGCGGCGAUGGAGCGGAGCGUGGGGCGUCUGCGCACCAUGCACUCCAAGAUGCUGAUGGACAUCGAGAAGGUGCAGUUCCACUACGGGGGCUCGGUCAAGGCCAGCAGCCAGAUGAUCCACGAGCUGCUGCAGGCCCAGUGCCUGGGCUCCCCCUGCUGCAAGCGGGUGUCGGAGAUGACGGACUACAGCUUCGCCACGGUGUCGCGGCACUGCGGGGGCAGCCACACCCUCACCUACCCCUACCGCCGCUCCCGCCUGCAGCACCUGCCGCAGGGGCUGCUCCCCGAGGACAGCCAGGUCGCCGCGAAGCACCACGAAGUGGAAUUCCUUGGGGCCCUGGAUGGGACAUAAUUUACAAGGGGACGGAUGGGACAUGAAAGCUGCCAGGGCAUCCCGAACAAAGACAGCGCCGGGAACAACAAGCACAAGACAAAGCCUUCCCGGUCCCACGCGCACCGGCCGCCGGCCCUCGGCGACAGCCCGCUGCCCUUGCGGCCUCAGAGCGCCAACAUGAUGGCUGGCGGCACUUCAGCUACUUCUCGGCAACACACAGACCGACCGGUCUCCUCGCAGGGGCGCCUCUCCCAGCCGAAUGUGGGCCACCCGCCCAGCCCCAGCGGGAUGGCGAUGCACAUGGACCUGCCCCCCGGGGAGGGCAUGGAGGAGCCCACCCGGGGGCCCAGGACCCCCUCUGCUCACUGAGCAGAGCUAUAAAUAAAUGUUUCGGAAGAAGCUGGCUUCCCUGUCCUGGCUCGGAAGGUGCGGGCAGAGGGAGGGUCCCCGGCCCAGGCGGCAGACCUCCGGGAGAGGGCGUCUGGCUUGGAGCGUGAGAAUCAGGUCAGUGCCCCCCAGACGGAGCCGUCCUCCGAGGGAGCGGGCGGAACAGCUCUCCCCUGACCAGGGCUGGACGGGCCGCUGCCGUCCCUGCCAUGGCCCUGCCUUCCUGUCGGACGCGCGGUGUCGGGG